AUGCCCGCCAGCUCGAACAGACAGCACAGCAAGAAGCAGAAACGGUCGUCUGCUGCGCGCGAGCCCGAACAAGCGGAUAUCGGGCUGGUUCUCGACCAGAAUGAGGUGAUGAAGGCGAUGAUGGCGGCGGCGGCGGCCAGUAACAAGGGCAAGGGCAGGGCAGAGGUGGACGAGAGCGAGGAGGAGACCGAUGAGGAAGACGAAAGGGGCUCGGCGGAGGAUGACGGGUCGGAGGAUAAGAACGGGUCGGGCGAAGAGAUGUCGGGAAAUGCACCUCUGCAGGAAGAGGCGACCUCCGACUCCAACUCUGAAGCCGGACCAUCCUCGCCCAGAGCGUCCUCGCCGCCACGGAAGGCUGCACCCUCCAUCUCGCGCGUCAAUAUCUCCAAAGGUACCUCGGCACCAGCUCCACCUCCGGUCUCAGCUUUCGCAAGCGAGCCUAAGCCCGCCGCUACGACGACCUUCGAGUCACUCGGUCUCUCCGCUCCCCUCAUCUCUGCUCUGGGCAGCAUCAAUAUCUCUCGCCCGACGGAGAUUCAGUCGGCGUGCAUCCAGGCGAUUAUGAGUGGGCGGGACUGUAUCGGAGGGGCAAAGACAGGUAGUGGAAAGACGCUGGCGUUCGCGUUGCCUAUCGUGGAAAGGAUAGCGAGGGAUCCCUUUGGGGUUUGGGCCGCAGUCUUGACGCCGACGAGAGAACUGGCAUACCAGCUCACCGAGCAAUUCCUCGCUGUUGGCCGUCCGCUCGGAUUGACCACCAUCACCAUCGUCGGGGGGAUGGACAGCAUCCAGCAGGCAAAGGAACUGGCUGCGAGGCCACAUAUCAUCGUCGCUACUCCAGGACGGCUGUGUGAUCUGAUCAGAAGUGAUGGGCUGCAGAGUGGGAAGCUGGGCCGAGUCCGCACUUUGGUUCUGGAUGAGGCCGAUCGACUGCUCACACCGACAUUCGCUCCCGAUCUGUCAUUCCUCUUUUCUCAGAUCCCGCCAAAUCGGCAGACCUGUCUCUUUACCGCUACCGUUUCCGACGCAAUCAUGGAGCUGGCCAACAAGCCGCCUGGACCAGGAAAGCAGAAGCCUUUCGUCUAUCGGGUGGAGUCAGAAACGCUUACGGUCGGAAAGCUCAAGCAGAAAUACCUCUUCAUCCCCUCCCAGAUCCGCGACCCCUACCUCGUCUACCUCCUCCAGCAUCCCCCAUCCGAGAUCGACGCUGCCCUCCGCGCAGUCCCAGCGAAGGCGAAGCCCGAGAAGCCGUCCAAGGGCAACCGAAAACGCCGCCGUCCCUCUCCACCAUCAGAGGACGAUGACGACAAAAAGCCCUCCAUCCCUUCCACCAUCAUCUUCACUCAGCGAUGCGCCACCGCCCACCUCCUCCAUCUCCUCUUGACCAACCUGGACAUCCCGUCCGUACCCCUCCACUCGCAUCUCACUCAACCACAGCGUCUGCUCUCGCUCGCUCGAUUCCGCGCGAGAGAGGUACCGGUGCUAGUCACCACGGACGUCGGUUCGCGGGGGCUGGAUAUACCGUCAGUGGCCAUGGUGGUCAACUGGGAUUGUCCCCGGCGGUCCGAUGAUUAUAUUCAUCGGGUGGGUCGUACAGCCCGUGCAGGGAGGGGAGGUGUGGCGGUCACAGUGGUGACGGAGAGAGAUGUCGAGCUUGUGCAGCGGAUAGAGAAGGAUAUUGGGGUCAGCAUGACGGAGAUGGAGUUGCCGGAGGAGGAGGUGCUGGAGGCGUUGAACGCUGUCAGUCUGGCCAGGAGGAUGGCUACUAUGGAAAUGCACGACUCGGGCUUCGGCGAGAGACAAGCGACUAAUAAGGCCAAGGCUAUCAAGCGGGCGAAGCGCGACGCGGUGACGGGGUCGGCAUGA